GUUGCCAAGGUGCACGGCGUAAUGUUACGUCGUGCACUUUCGAUGGUUUCGUGUGAUUUUCUGUGAGAAGUAAUGAAGAACGGCCCGAUGUUAAUUCGGAAAAUCUGUUGACCGGCGUGAAACGUCUCCCGGCGAAACCAACGCGAUGCGACGCGACGCGACGGACACUUAACAACUCUGUUGAAAUGUGGCUGAGAAGCGAACGGAUUAGUAGGAGAUUGCGUGGCCGUUUAAGUUUGAGUGGUGUAACGGUGUCGAAGGCAACCAGUCACCGAGCACAAGUAGCAGCAAGAAAAGUACAACAUAUUGGUAACAGUAGUAGAGUAAUAACAUCAAGUAAAUGCAGCCGAUUAAGUCAAUGGCGACGUAGAUCAUCCAGUUUUCUAAAAGAAGCUUGUAAAGAAAAUAUUUUACACUUUGCCAAAUCCACACCUAUUAGACGGGAAAGAGGACCUCGCAGAAGAAAAUGCAUAAAACGUUCGAUGGUUACAUCGACUCCCUUGCAUCGUACUCCACAAAUAGACCCAGUUAUAUCUGCUAAAACUGCAUCGCCAUCUAAAGUUUCGAAGGAAUCCAAGGAAAAUUGGAAUGGUGGAUCUGCUCUGCCUCUUUGCUCGUCAGUAACUAAUACAGAUUCGCGUGGUUCGAUGAUACCGCCAGUACAUGACUUGAAAUCUUCCAUACCCAGUAUAUCUUCACUGUCGUGUCUAAUGCCUCCAGUAUCUCUAGAAUCGCAGUCAGAUCUCACGUGCUUGCUUGAUGAUGAAGGAAACAAGAAUAAUGAUACUACAGUACCAUCGUCGUUACCCUACUCUUCCUUAUAUGCGCAUGCCGAAACUACGUCUGCGGAAUACUACAGUUUGAUGCACUCGACAUCGAUAUAUAACGUCCGUACCGCGUACAACUCGUCCGACAAAUACUUCCCGAACGGCGGAAAAUAUUCGCUAAUCGAUAACAAUGAAAACCGCAGUGAUCUCCCAAAAGAUCAAUAUGCUAUUGAAACAGACCCAACAAAAUAUGAAACAACUGCUGGAUAUCCCAGUACAAAAUACAGUAUACCAGCAAGUAUGUACAAUAUAAAUCCUCAUCAUCCAUCCGAUACGAACGGCAAUCUUAGUGACAAAUAUGAUUCUGAGGACGUCGACAGUCGUUAUCACGAGGUUGAAUACAUGGAGGUGGGAAGCGAGGAGAUAGUAGAAUCUUGCGAUGUAGAAAACAUGGUUACUCAAGUUCAGGAAGACUGGGAGCCGUUCGAUCCUUAUGUCUUCAUCAAGCAUCUGCCGCCUCUUACGCCGGCGAUGAGAGCAAGAUGCCCGGCCCUGCCGCUCAAAACACGAAGCAGCCCGGAAUUUAGUCUAGUUCUGGACUUGGAUGAGACCUUGGUUCACUGCAGUUUGCAAGAACUAUCUGAUGCGGCGUUUCGUUUCCCAGUAGUCUUUCAGGACGUAACAUAUACAGUAUUCGUUAGAACACGACCGUAUUUCCGCGAGUUCCUCGAACACGUUUCAUCACUAUAUGAAGUGAUCCUGUUUACAGCGAGCAAACGGGUGUAUGCUAAUAAACUAAUGAAUCUGCUAGAUCCAACGCGGAAGCUGAUCAAAUAUCGCCUGUUCAGGGAACAUUGUGUUUGCGUUAAUGGGAAUUACAUAAAAGAUUUAUCGAUUUUAGGCAGGGAUCUAUCUAAAACCGUGAUUAUCGACAACAGUCCACAAGCAUUUGGAUAUCAGCUAGAAAAUGGUAUACCUAUAGAAAGUUGGUUUGCCGAUCGUUCGGAUAAUGAACUAAUGAAGUUAUUACCGUUUUUAGAAAAUCUGGUAAACUGGGGAGGUGAUGUAAGGCCGCGCAUUAGAGAACAGUUUCGAUUAUUCAGCUUUCUACCACCGGAUUAAUUUAAAUAGUAUGCACAAAAUUUAUGGUUGCUGAAGUAUCUCGCGACCGACAAAAAAAAGGAAAAUACAAAAUAUCUUAAAAAUACUAAAUAGAUAAAUAAUAGUUUCGCGAUGCAUAGCAUAAGCCGCUAUAAUAUAAUACUUUACAAUGUUUCACAAUGAACAUGCCUGUUGGUAUAUAGAGAUGAAAAUUAAAUACUUCUAGAUCUUUGGAAUUACUGUUCUGAUUCAUUGUUCGCGAACAGAAAUGUCUUUGAAUGAAGAUGUUGCAUACAUAUGCGAUUUUGUUAGUAUAUUCGUUUAGACUUAAAAUCUCAAGAAAAAGGAAUCAAAUAUGAAAAAAAUUAUCAGUGAGCGUAAUAAUCUUGUGAUUUACUAUAUAGUUUCUAUUAAUACUUCCAGAUGAAGUCUCUCCAUGACGUGAUUAUAUGACUUCUGUAUAUAAUAGAGCCGUUAUUUUAUAUAAAAUAUUAUUUCAGAAUUUAUUAUCGUAACACGAUACUUAAGAGCAAUAUUUAUCAGAUUGGUAAUUCAAUUUUUACCAUGUCAAUAUGAAACAUAUGAUCUCAUUUUAUUUACAAUUCGAGAUUACUUGAAAUUUGUGAUUGGAAAUCUUUUUCUGUUUUGCAAGCUUUCCUGACCCAACAUUAUAUUUUCGAUAUUACAAUUUAAUUGUAAAUUGCCAUUGUUUUUUAUUAUUAUUAUUAAAGCAAUUGUUUAAAUUUUAUUGCGUCUAGAUUGCAAUUCUCGAAAAAGUUUUCGAAAAGAAUAUAUAUACGAAGAUGUUAAGAAUAUCUGUCAAUAAUUAUAUAAUUAUACAUGUCGUAUAAUUAUAUAAUUAUACACGAUUACAUGUGCUACAUAAUAAAUCUGUGUAUAAUUCAUAGUAAUAAGAAGCAUAGACCGAAUCCCGUAUCAAAAGGAACAGAGUUAGCAGCAUAAUGUAACAGAAGGCAUCGCAGAAAUCUUACAUCUCGUAGUGUUUAUAGUUUAAGAUUAUACUCACAUUAUGCACAAACAACAUAAUAAUAAAGCAAACCGAUUGUUAUUCGUGAAA